UCCUGGCCAAGAACACUCAGAUACAGAGGCCAUUAUAAGGGUUGAAACCAGCUCAAAAUAGCCUCACCGUUCCAGGUGAAAACUGGCCCCUCUAAUGGAUAGCAGCAGCAGCAGCAGCAGCCGGGACAAGAAGUCCAAAGAUAACGAUCGUCAUGAAGCAAAAGAAGCUAAUAGCACUGCACAGAAUUUUGUUGACUUCACAGAAGCAGAGGAAGAUCUUGUUUCCAGAAUGCACAGGCUUGUGGGGAACAGGUGGGAGCUUAUAGCAGGAAGAAUUCCAGGAAGGACAGCAGAAGAAGUAGAGAUGUUUUGGUCCAAAAAACACCAGGAAAAAUGAAAACGAGGCCAUUACUUUAUAUUGAUCUAUAAGCUAUGUAUUAAUGUCACAUGAAAAUAUGUGCUGAUAAAUAAUGUAAAGCAUGCAAAGUUGAAGAAAGCCAUAUAGUAUUAUGAGCUUACUCGAGGAGCGAUGUGGAUUGGCACUUCUAGUUAAGUUAGCAGAGUUAAUUGUGUUCAUUUGUAAUUGCAUCUUGUUAUAACAUGAUGUCAAUGUUACAAUAGCAAAGUAUUUAAAAACACCA